AUGGCGUCGCUUUUGGUAAAUCUCAAGAAACAAGUUACUUGUUCCAUUUGCCUGGAUACCUACACUAAGCCCAAAACUAUAUCAUGUCUUCACACGUUUUGCUGUGAAUGUUUGGAGAAACAGGGAAAAUUCCGAUGCCCGGAGUGUCAGGCAGUGAUCGAUUUACCAGAAGGAAAUCGCUUCGACCGUUUGCCUAACAGUUUUUUCCAUAAAAGUCUCUUGAGUCUUCUCGCUGUUCGACAAAGUGGUGAUGUGAGUAGUAUUACUUGUUAUCAAUGCAGCGCAACCAACUGUCAGAUGUACUACUGCUUCGAUUGCGGACGAUUCAUGUGCCCUGAUUGUUUCAAUGCACAUGAACUGCUCCAAAAGUCUUUUCAAGGACACAAAGUCACACCACUUCAAGACUUCAAAACAGAAGAUUACGAAGUAUUUUUAAAGCGACAACCGUUUUGUUCUCAACAGUUCCACGAGAGAGAAAUUACACGGUUUUUUUGCUCGCAGUGUCAAGUUUGCAUUUGUCAAAUUUGCAUAGUCACGGAUCAUCAAAACCACAAAGUUGUUCUUCUCGACAAAGCAGCACACGAGGAGAAGGAUAACAUCAUGUCGGGCGCUAAAUUGAUCAAGAAAAUGGAAAGCGAGCUCCAGGAAGUCAUUAAGCAGUUCGAAGAAACUAUUUCUAAGCUGGAAAGCAAUUUGGCAACCGCUAAGCGAGGCGUCGAGCAAACAGCUGAACAAAUGAUCGCAAAUAUUCGAGAGCGCGAGCGAGAGGCGUCUGAAUCCCUCGAGGCAACACGCGUGUCGAGACUUCAUAAAAUUAACUUGGCUAAACAGGAAGUGGAAUCCUUGGUAAAACAAAUGAACCAAGCAGCUCAGUUUGCGGAAAACCUGGUGCAGAGAACCUCAAGCUCGGAUAUUAUGAAGAACAAAGAAACUUUAAGGACCAAAUUUGAAGAGCUUCUGCGAGUUGCAGUUCCAAAACAUCAACAGACGACGUUCAUCAAAUUCACUGCGACAUCUCAAAAAGACUUGAAACUGGGUUUUAUUGAAGUCACCGAAGGCACUGCAAAGGCAGCUAAAUCAACUUUAGAAGGACUGAAUCAAACUUUCCAGGCUGGUGUAGAAACAGAGUUUACGUUAUGUCCAAAGACAUCUGGAGGAGAGAUAAGUAACCAGGCUGAUCUUAAGGGUCGAGUUGAAUUGCUGAUUAAACCCGUCGAAGAUGUUACAGACGUGAUUGUUGAAGAGAAAGAAGACGGCAAUCUUAGACUGAAGUUUACUCCCAAAGUAGCUGGCGCCUAUAGCAUUGAGGUGAAGAUUAAUGGCGAUAAACUACCGACCUGUCCCAUGACUAUGCAAGUAAAAGAACGUGAACUUGUUGUGGUCAGGGAGUUGAAGUUGAAACUCUUUCCAGGGGACACACUCAAAGGGUUGUAUGUGAUUGCUGCGAAUACAGAAGGCCAGAUAGUUGUGACAGAUAACAAUGGCCACUGUGUUUAUGUGUUUGAUAAAGAUGGUAACUGUUUGAGAAAAAUUGGAGGCCGAGGUAGCAGUACAGGACAAUUUCAGUUCCCUGAUGGCAUUUUGUUUUUAAAUGACAACGAAGUCCUAAUUGCAGAUAAUGACAAUGAUAGAAUACAGCGACUUAAUAUUAACACAGGAACUGUUGAUAAAAGUUUUGGGAAAAAAGGCAGAGAAAAAGGAGAGUUUGGCAUGCCAAUAGACGUUACUGUGGAUGAUGAAGAACGCAUUUUUGUAACCGAGUAUAGAAAUGGUAGGAUACAGGUGAUGUCAGAGGAAGGAGAGUCUAUUUUCACAUUUGGAGACAAAGGCCCAGAGAAACUACUUGGUCCAACCUGCUGCACUCGUUACAAAACAUGUUUCUCGUAUCUGAUACAGGCAACGACUGCAUAA